CGGCGCUGCAUCACCGGAACCAGUUCGCUCACCCAACCCCCCGCCAGUAGCUACACGAGCCGAAAUUGCGUUGCCCGUCGUCGCCAUAUAUUGACACGCUCGUUCUGGCCGCCCCCCCUCCCACCAUGUUCUUCAAACGCCGCUCAUCCCGCGCCAACAGCUACGUAGAGCACGACGGCCACCGCCAAUCCUCUGACGACUUCAGCGAAAAGCGCCCCGAGAGCAGCCGCGCCGCCCCGCCCGUUACCCAGGACCCCGAAGACGAAGCCGACAUGUACCCGCGCCAGGAGCAACCUCUGCCCGUCCGCGGCAUGUCCAAUGGCGGCCACAGCACCCACGGCGCCCACGGCCACGGCAUGCCCCUAGGUGCGCCAGUGCCUGGGACGGGCGCCGUCAAGGCCGAGCCAAUGCCCGAUCUGCUAGCCGCUGCCUUCAACCAGGCGGUGCGCCCGUACACAGAGAAGAUUGAGCAGCUCGAGGGCCAGCUUGCCGAUAUGCAGACGUGGAUCGACCAGCUCGAAGCCCAGCGCGCUGAGGUGCACAGCUGGAUUGACAAGCGCGGCUUGCGCCCAGACGUGCCCUCGGCCAUCGCCAAGAUCAUGGACACCACCACCCCCGACGCCGCCCACACGCUCAACGCCCAGCUCGACCGUAAGAUCACCAUCGUCAACUUCGAUCUGCACCGCCUGCAGGACGACCUCAACGACUCCAUCUCGUCGGCCCACUUCGCCUCAUCCAUGCUCAAGUUCCUGCCCGACAUCCAGCGCCUGACGUUGCUGCCCCAGGGACCCAAAUAUGCCUUCGAUCUGAUCCUUAAGUUGGGCGGCAACCUCAACUCGCACGGCGGCCUCGACAGCGCUGACAGCGCCGACAUUGCCGCGCGCCGCGACUUCUACAGCCGCCUCGACGCCGCCAUGGUCGACGUCGUGCAGCGCCGCUUCGGCGAGGGCGAGGAGUGGAACGUCCAGCGCGAGAUCAAGCGUAUCGAGAAGACAGCCAGCUACCUUAAGACGUACGGCGUCGAGCCCUACUUCCCGCAGACGCGCGAGGUCAUGGCCCGCGAGAUGGAGUUCCAGCCCAACGGCGUGCCAAACGGCCAGGGCACUCCUCCUCGGUACCACUAGCCGCUGCGUGUGGCGCGCGUGCUGAUGCUGUGUAGGCCAAGUGAGUGGUUGGGGCAGGGGUCAAAUGUAUGCGAGCGCUCAAUUUUAUCGAGCAUUCUUGCAUUCGGU